ACACUCUGCCAGUCGCCGCCCAGCCUGGCGUGCCCCUCACCUAUGCACCUCUCUGAGGUUUCGGCCAGGCGCAUCUCUCGCUCGUCCCGGGCUGGGCACAGCCUGCCAGUGGCCGCCGCACUUUGCCCCGUGUUUUCCCAGGCCCGCCGUGGCUGAUCAAACAUUGCAUCAUGUUGACAGUCCACGUGCGGCCCCUGGCUGCCCCAUGCCGGCUUUUUUUAAUUUUUUUUUUGGAAGCCGCACAGCCGCCGAGCCGAUCGCCGCGCAGCGCCCGUCUUGCUCUGCCCGUCACCCGCCGUGACCCGGCGCGCGAGCUGAGAUGCUCAUUGGUCACCACGCUUGUCUUGGAUUACGAGCUUCGGCGGGGCGGUCGCCACUUUCACGCACGCAGCGCUUCGCGGUCUAGUCUCCAAGAUGCGGACGGUCCUCGGCUGGGCUCUCUCCUUCCUCCUCCUCUUCCUCAUCCUCCUCUUCCUCGGGGCCCGCGGAGAGCCGGGGGGCUGCGCGUCCUGCGGCACGACCGGCCUGGCCCGAGGAGACCAGGAACAGGUGCUGAUCGAGAUGGCCAAGCAGCACAUCCUGAGCAAGCUGCACCUGAGCGAGCGACCGAACAUCACCCAGCCCGUGCCCAGGGCCACCCUGAUCAAUGCCCUGCGCAAGCUGCACGCCGGCCGGCUGCGCAAGGACGGCACUCUGGAGCUGGAGAAGCCGGCCAGCCGCCUUAGGGAGCGCGGCUACGAGAUGGUCAGCUUCGCCGACACGGAUUUCAGCAACUCAUCCAAGUCUGGCCUGGCAUUCCAGUUCUCAAAGGAGGCAGAUGCCAACUUCCAGGUGCUCAAGUCCACCCUGUGGCUCUACUUCAGAUCUUCCGAGACCAUUAAGAAGAAGGUCACUGCCCGGCUCUUCCUGGCCAGCACUGGCAGCUCCAACCGGACGUUCAUCAGCCAAAAGAAGUUUGAGGUGGCACAGGGGAGCUGGCACACCUUUGUUAUCACCCAAGGAGUGCAGGCAUUUUUUGACCGGGGUGACAAGAGACUUCAGUUGGAGGUGGAGUGCCAGGGUUGCCAGAAUCUUGCCGUCCUGGGCAGCCGGAGUGAGCCUUCUCGCCAGCCCUUCCUGGUGGCACAAGUGCGGCUCCGAGAGGAUGGGCACACCAUCCGCAAGCGCUCCCUGGACUGUGAUGCCAAUGGCAGCAUUUGCUGCAAGAAAGACUUCUAUAUUAAGUUCCGGGACAUUGACUGGCAGGACUGGAUCAUUGCCCCCGAGGGCUACCACAUGAACUACUGCAUGGGGCAAUGCCCACAGCACCUGGCCGGCUCGCCUGGCAUUGCUUCGUCAUUUCACGCGGCUGUCUUCAACCAGCUGAAGGCCAAUGGCAUUCAGCCGGCCGUCAGCUCCUGCUGUGUGCCCACCCAGCGCCGGCCGCUCUCCAUGCUCUACUUUGACCCAACUCAGAACAUCGUCAAGACUGACAUCCCCGACAUGAUUGUGGAGGCCUGUGGGUGCACAUAAGCUGAGCGGGCAUGGGCAGAGCUCUUAUUUACACGUAGAUGAAAGUAGGGCGCACGUAGAAAACCACUAGGCUGCUCACCAGGCCCCAGCUGGCCAAGACAUGGGCAUGGAAUAGGUGCCCGGCCCUUGUAGUUUGCUUCAUUUUAAUGACAUGUGCCAAUUGAGGACUUUUUAGACUGAGCGCUCACUUUAAGCCAUACUGGUGCCCUCUGCUCUUCACUCAGGGGCUGACAGGGGCAGAGGGCACAGGCUCCAAGACUCUCAUCAGGUGAUUAUAGGGGACCAGCCAGGGUGUGUGGGGUUCUUGGCAGGUGCCAGGGCAUGAGUGUAUGACAGUGUAAUUAAGGCACAUCCAUGUGGGUGGGUGGCACAGGCUUGGCAGAAGGUCCCCAAGUUUUGAGGCCAUGAGGGUCAGUCAAGGGGUCCAGUAGAUCUCAGUGCAGGGUCCAGUAAAGUGUAAGAGCAGAGGGGCUGGCUGGGCACGGUGUGGGACAGUGCCCAUGUUGUGUGGGCUACACAAAAGUUGGACAGCUGCGAGGAGCGCCCGUUUUGGGCAGGGUGAAGCAACGUGAGCCACGGUGUUGCAGUACCGCAAGAAGCUGACCUCCGCGCCGUUACUCAACCACAUGUACAAAUACCUGGCGCCUUUCCUAACGGUAGCAAAUGUGAAGGUCAGCGGCUCUGGAAGUGAGGCUGGCAAGGGGCACAGAGAUGGAGCACUCACUUGAGGAAGUCAUCCUCCCAGAAUGCCACGCCAGCUCUGCUUCAUUGUGCCAUGCUCCUGGCCUCCUGUGGCACUCCUACGACUAAGCCUCUUGGUGCCCACCUUUUCUUCAUGUUGUCUGUAUUAGCGCCAUGUCCACUGGGCACACCCUCUGGACGACGCUGCCUGCCAUAUUCUGUUUUUAAUGGAAAAUAAAU